GUUGGAGUCGGUCCGGUUGAUCACUCUCAUGCAACAUAAUACAGUUACACUGCUUGUAAUCGGGCGCUUAUGGCGACCUCUGGAGACUCAAACGCAGCAUUUGCUAACAUGUCAUCAUUGGGGGAAUGGAACCAACUGUGCAAAACGAAUUAUAUUACUGCUCCUUCGUUAUCCACUUCCAAGUUCCAUCAUUCACAUCGAGGCUUCUCUUUCGCUCUUCGUCCUGCUUGAUCCUAAGGCUAAGCUGAUUGCCUCCCCUUCCCUGCAACCGUUCUGCUGCAUCUCUCCGAUCUGCCUGAAGUCCGGGGACUCAUGUGCAGCAAUCGGUCCCAGAGUUUGACCAGCUACUUUGUCACAUUGCUAUUUUCCCCACAAUUGAGCUCAUUUCACAAAUCAAAGCGAAGACGUGCAUAAAAAAGCCAGCAAGAAUUUGCCAGACCAAGAACUCCACACAAGUCAUGGCCUGCUCGUCAGUUGCGCCCUGUGCGCUCGCCCCCACUCUAUUUUCUCUGGGGCCUGCAUUAGCAACAAGAGCGGGCCCAGCCAAUCUGCGAGCUCCCACAUUGCUGAGGGGCACUCCCUUCUUUGGGGGGAAGCUUUCUCAAUCGGCGGAGGGCUCCAAGAUUCGUCGCUCGAGGCCUGCGCCGAUUGCCCGAGCACAGGCGGUGUCGACAUCAGCGCCCAAGACCGUCGUAAAGGGCGACUCAGACGAUGAUGAUCCGAAGUGGCUGGAGCUCCAUGGCAAGAGCAACUGGGCUGGCCUUCUUCCUAUUAAGGGCGAAAACGGUGACCCGGGCACACUUGACCCAGACCUGAAGAAGACAAUCAUCAAGUACGGCGAGAUGGCGCAGCUGACGUACGACAGCGUGGAUCUGUACGAAUGGAGCCGCUACCGCUCCCAGAACCGAUACACCAAGAAAGUCGGCAAAGACCUGGUGCCCAGCAAUCUCUUCGGGGAAAACCUGAAGGUCCCCUCCUAUUUCGAACACCUCCCGGGGGAGGGAUACGAGGCCGUCGCUUAUAUGUAUGCGAGCGAGAAAACGAAGGUGAUCCGGGCCGUAAAGGCCGAUAAGGGCCAAGAUAUGCAGGAGGACGUGUGGAUCGGGUACAUAGCUUAUAGCAAGACCAAACGAGACAUCGUUGUUGGGUGGCGCGGGACGCAGCAACCCGCGGAAUGGGUGGCCGACGCAGAGGUCGGCCUCAUACCCUACAAAAAGUUCGUAGCACCUACUGUAGGGAAGAAGGAUCUCGCUGGAUCAACGGACCUUGCAGGGGACAAGGGCUCCACUGAAGACAAGGACUCCCCCCCGCUGGGAGACGCUUUGACCUACCUUUCCAAAGCCGGGUACGGCGCGCUCGCGUUUGUGGGCGCCACGUUCUUGGGCGGGGUCUCAGCGGGGAUCAUUGCCGGCUUCUUCUACAUCUUCGCCAAACUGGUUGAGUCGGAGAGUCUCCUGGGCUCCCUUCUCAAUGCCGCGUUCGGCGCCGUCGCCGCACUGCCCAUCUCCAAGUUCGGCCCCAAAUUGCUCCCGGACCUUUUCCAGUUCUGGCCCGAACUAGAGAAGGGCAAAGUGGGGGGCUUCGUGACGUCCUACGCGAUCGCGGUGGGCGUGCUGACGGCGUUCCUCAACCUGGUGAACCCUGGCGACCAGUUUUGGACCGUCGAUAAGCUCAUCUUCAUCAUCGCGGUGCUUCUACCGACCGGCGCCACGGCCGCAGCGGAGGCGUGGGAGUCAGCCGGGGACGUGCCGCAGGUGCACGAGGGGUUCUUUGAGCUGUACGACCCGACCGGGGAUCCGAACAAGGCCCCCAAGUUGCCCAAGGCCAAGGAGACGCAGGGGAAGUUCCCCCGGAAAGUGAUUCACGAGACCAUACCCCAGCUGCUGAGCGAAUAUCCAGAGGCUCGGACGAUCAGCGUGACGGGGCACAGUUUGGGCGGCGCGCUCGCGGUGCUGAGCGCGUAUGACAUAGUCGAGAGCGGAUAUAAUCUGAGGCCGGACGGAGUCACGCGGGUUCCGGUCGCGUGCUUCGCGUUCGAGGCGCCCCGCGUGGGCAAUCCCAGGUUCAAGGCGUCGUUCGCAGCGAACAAGAAAAAUGAGCUCGCCGCAAUCCGCGUGGUUAACAAACCCGACAUCGUAACCCAGGUCCCCAAGGCGUUCUACCUCCAGAAUGUCUACUACAUUCUCGCCGCGAUCACCAACAACGACAUCGUGGUCGAUAUCAUCAACUGGGUCGAGGGAAUCGGGUACGGGUGGGGGCUGCCGUCAGCAUUUGAACACGUGGCGCCCGAACAGGAGCUCGUGCACGACUCGCGCGAGGUGGACUACCUCAAGAAGAUGACGAGCUGGAACCCGCUGGACAACAAAGACGCGAUCGGGUACUACCAUAACCUGGAGGUUAACCUGCACAUGGUCAGCGGCUACUGGAGCGACACCUUCUCUCGGGACUUCGCCCUGUGCAACAAGUCCGCUGACGUCAUCGACCCGCGCGCGGGGGUUCCGCCUGAGUGGUUCAAGACCCUGAUCCCAUAUGUGGUCCGCGCAGACCCGGGGACGGCCCUUAUAGAGCCGUACAGCGACGAGUUGCCCCCCACUGAGGGGGAGGAUAACGAGAGGUUGAUUGGACAGGGGCCAGUGGCGGGCCGUGGCCCGACCCCCGGAAAGUGCAUGCCGUUGAAGAGAAACUACUUCGAGCAGUAUUUGAAGGGUUACACGCCCCCGGCUAAGAACGAGCUGUGGGAGGCCUUGAAGGAGAAGUGGGAAGAUUUUAAGGCAGGGUCAGCUCAGCGAUAGAAGCGACGAUCAAGCGAUUGGUUCCAGUGUUGUUUAUAUAUAUAGAUGAAGCUGAAAUGUCACUUAUGCUAAGUGAGCGUUCUUCUCGGUGGAAGAAGACGAGCCGGCUGAUGCGGGCUCGAUGUUGUAGAUAAGGAGUACUUGGUGCUUGUCGUAGGCAUGUAAUUAGGAUGGCCUGUGUGUGAGUUACCUCCAAGAAAGACUCGAAAUUUGCAUUGGACUUGUGUGUGUUUGUGUUUGAGAGUUUGCUUGUGGCUGGGCUAAGGUCAACUUAACUUAUCUUGAAGACCUAAGUUGCUAGCCAGUCUUAGGUCAACAACUGUCGUUUGCUAUAGCGUUAAUCACGCGUGCGGCCUUGGCGAACAGUAGAGUCUAGGCCAGCAGAAUUGUGUUUGAUUGCAGGUUCCCUUCUUGAAACUGAAAACCACGCGAUAAGCUGGACACUCUCGAGUGUUGCAGAUUGUAGUAUAAAUCCCCUUUUGUGUUGUUUUGUAGGCAGCGAAUUGAAGAUUACUUAUAGGUUGGAUUUGCACGUACGGUAGUUUCUGAGUCUGCAAACAGCCGGCCUUCAACUGCCAGUGUUACACUGAAGCGAAAGGUUAAAGCC